AUGUUUAUUCGAUUGUUUUUUAUUUAUAUUCACAUUCUUGUGAGUCAAAUAUUGGCUUCUUGUCCAUAUAUUCGUACGUCUGUUAUAUUGACUGAAUGUGUAUUCGAUACAAAUCUUUAUAUAUCAUUUGGUGCAAAUAUUCUCAAUUCAAAUUCAAUCGAUUUUGUUGGCCAUUAUUCAACCGGUCAACAUAAUAAUAAUAAUAAUACACUUAUUUAUAAUUUAGGAAAUCGUUGGAUGUUACUCGUACCUCUACUCAUAAAAUGUUCUCAUCAGCCGGUUAAUUUGACAUUUACUGAAUGUCAAUAUACGAUGAGACAUAAUAAUAAAUAUCCUAACCGAUUACUAUCAUCAGCGGAAUAUAUGACAACACAAUUGAGUGUUAUGAAUAUAACUGAUCUUGAUCAACGAUCCGUUCUUUUCCUACAACCAGGAGAAAUUUCUCUUCGUUCAUGUAAAGCCUAUGAUUGUUCACGAGAAAUUGUCUAUUUAACAGCAUCAAAUGAAACAUUUAAUUUUAAAGUUAAUUAUGAAAAACCAAUUAAUACAAAAUGUCAAUAUGAUGAAGACUGUCAAAGUUCCUAUUCAAUUAAAAAUCUCAUUUAUUGCGAUAAAUUAAGCAAAACAUGUCAAUGUCAUAAUGAAAAUAUUUCUAAUAUGGAUAUAGCAGGUGUUGGACGUUUUUGUACGGAUUCAAUCGAUCAAAGUAAUUGUACAAAAUAUCCAAGACGUUGUUUGCAAUGGUGUGAUAAAAGUGAAACAUCGCAUUGUGUUUGUCCGAAAUCUACACGGAAAGUAAGAAAAAUUAAUGGGGUCUUCGAUUGUGAAUUAGAACCAACAGGGAUAUGUCGAUUUGAUUAUCAUGAUAAUCCAACAAUUGGAUCAAAUAUAAGAAAAUGUCCCACAGGUACAUAUUGUGAUGGUAAUCAAUGUCGUCCAUUAGCAAUAUUUCGGCAAACGCAUGAAGAAUCAUUCAGUGAAAUUCCCGUUUCUUCAACAACAACAGUAACAUCAACAUUUAGUUUAUUAUCGUCAACAUAUAAAAAUCUUGCUUCUGAUGAUCAAACAGCAGCAUUUAUUCGCACGCUUAUUUUUAUAGCAAUAGCGAUAAUAUUAUUUUUUGCUCUUAUUAUAAUUAUUAUAACAAUACUUAUUAAAUCACGUCGUUUGCGUAUUCCGUCGAACUCGUUGGAAGAUAAAGUUUCAUCAUCGUCAUUUGCUCCAUCAACAUCAACCACUACGUCAACGGACUCGCCCACACAUCACGAUUAUCAUCAUCAAUUAAAACAGCAAACCGUCGCAACAAUAACAUCUUCAUAUUGUGAAAAUUAUUUACCAAAACCACCGUUUGCCCAUGGUCUUGUACCACAAACAAAUUUAUCGCCUCGAUUUCAUCGACAACAACAAACAAUUGAUGAUAGGCGUCGCAUACCAUUAAAUAUUCGAUCGCCAUCACUAUCACGCAUUAAUCCAUUUAUCGAUCAUGCUGCUCUGACAACUAAUGAACAUGUAACAAAGAAGCGAUCGCCAUUACCGAAAAUAACACGUCUGCAAAAUGGAGAUGUUCUAAUAACGGCGUGA